AUGACUGGAAUUGUUAUUUCGAAGAUAUAUUACUGUAAUCAUUGGGCUGUUCGACGGACCUUUUCACAUUAUGAAUUUGUACGCCAAUGUAGUUUCAUCGAUGAAUCUACCGAUGUUAAAAAUAAGGAAGAACACGCAAUUAACCUUCUGCAAAAUCUAUGGGAUUUGCAACAUGGUGUGAAAUAUUUGGAGGACGAAAUAGUUGAACGUCAUUGUAUGGAAGCUGUUCAAUUGUUAGUAUUACUUUGGAUUGUGCACUGUUUCGAGAAAACAGAGGCAGGACAAUGGCUACAGCAUUGUCCAAUCUUUUAUGCUGAACUUUUCGGCAACAGCAAUCCACGACAGAUUAUUCAAAACUUGUACAAAACAGACCUAAACAAUAUUCAAAUGAUACUUCUUACUGAUACGCUGAGGAUACGAGUGGAACUACUAGAUUGUAGCUGCGGUGAUCUGGAUGCCGAACAAUCUAAACUACCACAGUGUUUGGUGCCACAACAUACGGAGAGAGAAAUCACUUCCAGGCCUAUUCUUACCUUUCUGAAAUUCAACCGUCAUAAUUUUUUAUAUCCAUUGUAUAAAAAUUUAAAAUAA